AUUGGUCCGCCGUAGGUUUCCGGCUGCACUUUAGAAGAGAAGAGCGGCGUCGAGACCAUUGGGAAGACUAAACACCACCGCCUCCAAUAUCUAUACUAUACAAUGAAACUGUUAGCAAUAUAUCCGUCUCUCGAUAUCCGCUUCGUCACAGUUAUCCUGCUGGCGAUGGGCCUCUCUACUCCCGGACAGGCAGAAAUCACCAGUCUGGAUUCAGCCAACAUUGAUGACGUCCUAAAUAAUGCUGCGGUGUCGAUAGUUAAUUUUUACGCAGACUGGUGCAGAUUCAGUCAGAUGCUCCACCCAAUAUUUGAAGAGUCUUCUAACAUAGUGAGGGAGGAGUUCCCUGAAACCAAGCAGGUGGUGUUUGCCCGAGUCGACUGCGACCAACAUUCGGACAUUGCCCAGAGGUACCGCAUCACCAAGUAUCCAACACUGAAGAUGUUCCGCAAUGGGAUGAUGAUGAAGAGGGAGUACAGGGGUCAGAGGUCGGUGGCGGCCAUCGCUGACUUCAUCCGCCAGCAGCAGGUCAACCCUGUGAAAGAGCUGCAAUCCGUGGAGGAGAUGAAUACUCUGGAUAGAAGCAAGAGAAACAUCAUAGCUUACUUUGAAAGUAAGGACUCGGAGAACUACAACACAUAUGCAAAGGUUGCCAACAUCCUUCGAGAUGACUGCACGUUCUUGUCGGCCUUUGGAGCCAUAUCUCAGGCCGAGCGCUUCAGUGGAGACAAUAUCAUCUACAAGCCCGUUGGAGAGAGCAUCCCCGAAAUGGUCUACCUCGGUUCACUCACCAACUUCGACCUGACCUACGCCUGGGCCCAGGACAAGUGUGUGCCUCUGGUCAGGGAGAUCACCUUUGAAAAUGGAGAGGAGUUGACUGAAGAAGGGAUCCCUUUCCUCAUCCUGUUCCAUGUGAAAGAAGACACGCAGAGUUUAGAGAAGUUCCAGCAUGAAGUGGCUCGCCAGCUCAUCAGCGAGAAAGGGUCUAUAAACUUCCUGCACGCAGACUGCGAGAAAUUCCGCCAUCCUCUGCUCCAUAUCCAGAAAACUCCCGCUGACUGUCCCGUCAUCGCUAUAGACUCGUUCAGACACAUGUAUGUCUACCCCGACUACAAAGACCUCAAUAUCCCUGGAAAGCUGAGACAGUUUGUGCUGGACCUUCACUCUGGAAAGCUUCACCGAGAGUUCCACCACGGCCCCGACCCCACGGACAGCACGCCCGGACAGGAGGAGACGGGAGGGGAGGCGGCCAGCAGCCCCCCGGAGAGCUCGUUCCAGAAGCUGGCGCCCAGCGAGACUCGCUACACCAUCCUCAACCGGGGCCGCGACGAGCUGUGACCUCAACAGCCUUUCAGAGAUCCUGUGACUCAAUGCCACGCCCCAGGGUCGGGGGGAGGGGGGGGGUUAGGGUUGGGACAGGCCAGCGGGACAGAACAGCAACACCCAACACCCUUACUGAAGAGAGAAUGAAGAGAAGAAACAGUCCAUGACACAACCAUGUUGGAAUAACCUAUAUUUUCAUAACUCUUUCAUGUACAAUUUUUAUUUUGGAUCAAAAAGGAAGGGGGGAAGAAGAAAAUGUGUGCGGGCAGGGGAGCAGGGCAUUAGGACAUCAAGAGAAGUCUUUUUACUAUUAUUUUUUUUUCAGAGCUUGUAAAUAUGUUUGUGCUACAUGGGAGUCUCAUCGUUGGUCUAAAUUAAAUGCAGAGUUUUCUUUAUUUUAUUUGAUUUCUUUUACAUCACCCUGGCUUUUUGUAGAAGAAAAAAAAAACCCUGAAGAGUUCCCUCACUCCAGUCGUACGGUUCUUAUCUGUGGGUAGUUCAGCCUGUCUGAUGAGAGGUGCGGUUUUAGUCUCCUCCUGGCUGCAUCUCAAUAAUAUGUCCAACUCUAGUCUGAUGCAUUUGUAUAGCACAAGUUAUAAGAAGUUUGAAGUAGCUUUAUCUCCAUAUCUUCUCCACAAACGGUAGUUCUGAAGGAAUAGAAAACAUAUUUUUAAAUGCUUGAUUGGGGUAACAUGAAAUCAAACCAUGAGACAGAAGAUACAGAUACAGAGCUACUCCAGCCUGUUGAGAUGCACCCCCUUCUCUCCCUGGUACUAAAUGCUUCUAGAUUACGAUGUCUCUUACAGUGCUUAUAAAAAGUAUCGCCCCCUUGGACCUUUUCAUGUGUCGCUGUUUUAAAGCACUGAAUCACAGUGGAUGUAAUUAGGAUUUAAUUUUUUGUGAUGAGUCUUUUGGCCAUCAUAAGAAAACCUAAAACUCCAAAAAGACAUCCUCCCUACCGUAAAGCCUGGUGGUGGCAGCAUCAUGCUGUGUGCAGCUCUUCUGCAGCGCGGCCGCCUUGCCUCUGAAAGUAGAAGGUUAAAUAGAUGUCUGUUUUCAAGCAGGACAACCCAUAUCUAAAGCCAAAUCUAAAAGAUUUAAACGUAGAAUGUGAGAGAAUUAGUGUUUGAUGUGUAAAGCUGUUACAGGCCUAGUGAAAAGACCUAAGGCUGUAACUAUUGCCAAAGGUGCCUCUAUGAAAUAUGGUCUCAAAGGAAAUGGAUACUUACGCAAUCAGGAAUUAUGUCAAUUUUGUACCCAAGGAAUCUGAACAUUAUUUGAAUGUUCAGUGUCUAAAAUGCUGAUUACCUCCACUACUGUCAAACAUUCAAAGUCAAAGGGGGCUUGCUACCUUUUUAAAGGCACAGUAUUUGCCAUGCCACCUCAGAGUUGUUUUUCCCGGGAAACUAAAAGAGGACCAAAUGUUUUUGCAAUGAUGUACUUUUAAAAUGGUAAAAGUUCAUGAAAUGGCUGUUGUUUUUGUUGUCAAAUGUGUCAUCGUGCAAGGGGAGAAAAGACUUCCCAGUGUUUUAAAAAAAAGCCGCGAGACAAAAGGGGAAAACCCAUGUGACGAACGGUGGAAAUUUAAAGUCGGCCACUUUAUACAAGUUCUCUUAAAACUGGUUUUGUCUCUUUAUAUGUCUUUGAGGUUUUGGUACAAGUCUAGAUCCCUGAGAUCCCCUGAGCAUGAAUAAAUGCAAAGCCAGGUUAAGAUGCGAGGACCCCAUUGCUAAGUUUGUAGUGAGUGUCCUGCCCUUCCAUAGAGGACAACAGAAGCCUGCAUCGUGACAUAUCAGCCAACCAACAGGAGAGCAACAGGGGGGGGGAUGCCAUUUCUAAACCAAGUCAUCUCAGAGGGGGAGAGGAGUUGAAAAAAAGUAAAUUAAAAACCAUUUUACAGGA